CCGAGCGCUGCGGGCUGAUGGCGGCGGCGGCGGCGGGGGGCGGGGGUCGCGGGGAGCCCGGGGCGCCGCCGCCCUGCUCGUCCGGACCCGCCGGUGCCGCGCCUGCGGCCGCCGCCAGCCCUGCCGCCCCGGCCACCGCCGCUCCCGCCGCCGCCCCGGGGGGCUCGUCCCGGGAGGGCUGGCUCUUCAAAUGGACCAAUUACAUCAAAGGCUACCAGCGCCGCUGGUUCGUGCUCAGCAACGGCCUGCUCAGCUACUACAGAUCCAAGGCCGAAAUGCGUCACACCUGUCGCGGCACCAUUAACCUGGCCACGGCCAACAUCACCGUGGAGGAUUCCUGCAACUUCAUCAUCUCCAACGGGGGAGCCCAGACCUACCACCUGAAGGCCAGCUCCGAAGUGGAGAGGCAGCGGUGGGUCACGGCUCUGGAACUGGCCAAGGCCAAGGCCGUGAAGAUGCUGGCGGAGUCGGACGAGUCCGGGGACGAGGAGUCCGUCUCGCAGACGGACAAGACGGAGCUGCAGAACACCCUGCGCACCCUGUCCAGCAAGGUGGAGGACCUGAGCACCUGCAACGACCUGAUCGCCAAGCACGGCACCGCCCUGCAGCGAUCCCUCAGCGAGCUGGAGUCCCUCAAGUUGCCCGCCGAGAGCAACGAGAAGAUCAAGCAGGUCAACGAGCGGGCCACCCUCUUCCGCAUCACGUCCAACGCCAUGAUUAACGCCUGCAGAGAUUUCCUCGUGUUGGCCCAGACCCACAGUAAGAAGUGGCAGAAGGCCCUGCAGCACGAACGAGACCAGCGCAUCCGUCUGGAAGAGACUUUGGAGCAACUGGCCAAGCAGCAUAAUCACCUGGAGCGGGCCUUCCGGGGAGCCACCGUGCUCCCGGCAAACACCCCCGGCAGCGCCGGCUCCGUUAAAGAUCAGUGCUGUUCCGGCAAAGGAGACAUGAGCGAUGAGGAUGACGACAAUGAAUUCUUCGACGCUCCCGAGAUCAUCACGGUGCCCGAGAGCUUAGGCCACAAACGCACCGGGAGCAACAUCAGUGGGGCCAGCAGCGAUAUCAGCCUCGAUGAGCAGUACAAACACCAGCUGGAGGAGACCAAGAAGGAAAAGAGAACUCGAAUCCCCUACAAACCAAAUUACAGCCUCAACUUAUGGAGUAUAAUGAAGAACUGCAUCGGAAAGGAACUCUCCAAGAUCCCCAUGCCGGUGAACUUCAACGAGCCCUUGUCCAUGCUGCAGCGGCUCACCGAAGACCUGGAAUAUCACGAGCUCCUGGACCGAGCGGCCAAAUGCGAGAACUCUCUGGAGCAGCUUUGUUACGUGGCCGCUUUUACCGUGUCGUCCUAUUCGACCACCGUCUUCCGGACCAGCAAGCCCUUCAACCCGCUCCUGGGGGAGACCUUUGAACUGGACCGCCUCGAAGAGAAUGGCUAUCGCUCUCUCUGUGAGCAGGUGAGCCACCAUCCCCCGGCCGCAGCACACCACGCCGAUUCCAAAAACGGCUGGACCUUGCGCCAGGAGAUCAAAAUCACCAGCAAGUUCCGCGGCAAAUACCUCUCCAUCAUGCCUCUUGGUACCAUCCACUGUAUAUUCCAUGCAACUGGCCAUCACUACACCUGGAAAAAAGUCACCACCACAGUGCACAACAUUAUCGUGGGAAAAUUGUGGAUAGACCAGUCCGGCGAGAUCGACAUCGUGAACCACAAGACGGGGGACAAAUGCAACCUCAAGUUCGUUCCUUAUAGCUACUUUUCUCGGGAUGUGGCUAGGAAGGUCACGGGGGAAGUGAUGGACCCAUCAGGAAGAGUCCACUUUGCCCUGGUGGGCACCUGGGACGAGAAGAUGGAUUACUUCAAAGUGACGCAGGUCAACGGGGACAACGGCAGUGACGGGCGCCAGCGAGGCCACGAGGCGGAAGAGAGCCGGGUCAUGCUGUGGAAAAGGAACCCUCUACCGAGGAAUGCAGAAAACAUGUACUACUUCUCAGAACUGGCCCUGACCCUCAAUGCCCUGGAGAGUGGCACCGCCCCAACGGACAGUCGGCUGCGGCCGGAUCAGAGGCUGAUGGAGAACGGGCGCUGGGAUGAAGCCAACGCCGAGAAGCAGCGCCUGGAGGAGAAGCAGCGAAUUUCCCGCAAGAAGAGAGAAGCAGAAGCUGUGAAAGCCACGGAAGAUGGCACGCCUUACGACCCCUACAAGGCAUUGUGGUUUGAGCGCAAGAAGGACCCUGUCACCAAGGAAAUAACUCAUAUUUAUAGGGGAGGCUACUGGGAGAGUAAAGAGAAACAGGACUGGAACUCAUGCCCGGACAUUUUCUGAAAUGGCGGCAUCAGGAAGAGAGAGGUGGAUCGUCGGGGAGGAGUUCGGAAGGGAGGACUGCAGGCGAUCUUGACUUCUUUACCUAGGAAUUUCCCCAAGUCUUUCGUAACCAAUCAUUUGUUCCGAAUCAAUCACCAAAAAACAGAAGUCGGUGGUGGUGAUUGGCUGGGUUGCCUUAGCUAUUUGAAGCAGAAGUUGAUGAUGUACCUAAUGUUUGGAAGAAGAGAUUGGGUGGUCGGGCGGUAGCAUUCUUUCUUGUCUGCAAGCUUGUAGAAUCCCCCCGGCUCGCUUCCUCCCCUGCCCCCCGAUGAAAAUUGUCCCCUGCCCCCCAUCAUGGUUACACUCUCUUAAUUCUCCAGAAUUCCCGUGAAGGUGAGUUGCUAUGGGACAGGACGGCCGGGGGCGACGGUGGUUCGGUGCUGUGCAGAGCGAGACCUAAUCUCAGAACUUCCUUUAAAAAGAAAACAGGAGAGGGGAUCACCAAGGGAAGACAGCCGGAACUGGUACCUUUGGGGACUGGCCACCGGGAAAAGAAUAGGAACAGACACACAUGCACGCGCAUGUGUGUACAAGCAUAUUGACGGUCCCAGUUCUCGGAAGUGCUAACUUGACUCGCCGGUAACCCCCAUCCCCUAAGCUAGAGAGCCUUGCUAGGUAGUGGGAAGAGAGACCUCUGAGCCGCCCAGAUCAUGCCAUGGACGUUCGAUGGGAAUGUUUGGACUUCGGAGGCAGGAGGGGGGCCCGAACCCACCUCUGCCCUCCAAAUCACUCCUAACUCCCUUCCCGGCGCCUUCCCUUGCUUCUGCCUACGUGGGACCGCACCCAUGGAGCAGGAGCUUUCCCGGCCCGCCUUCGAUGAGCAGGAGACAUGAGACACGAUGAUCUGGAAUGACUGUCUCCACUCUUUCUAAAGCCCCGUGGACUGGAGCCGCCUCCAGAAUAAUGUGUUAUAUAUCUGUAUAUUAUAUAUAUGUAGAGAAAUCUAAUUUUUCUGUUUCGAUUUCCUCCCUCUCGUCAAGGAUCUUGGUUUUGCUCUCACGUGUCCCCUCCCCACUCCCAGGUUUUUGCAUUAAAUUCUAUAACGUGGACUCGAGGAGUUCUCCCUCCCCCUCCGCCUCUUCCCUCCUCUCCCUUCCCCUCCCUCCUCCACCUCGCACCUUGAAUGGGCAAGGAAAGCUGAAAUUGAGUGAGGAUUGGGCCCAAGCAGUCACUCAACCAGGGUGAUCACAGGCCUUCUUCCCUGGAUGCCCUUUGUGGGUCCAGAGCAGAUUGAGCGCCAGAUGCCCGAUUGUGCUCCUCUUCCUCCUCCUCCUCCCUUCCCUCCCCCCACCCCCAACUGGACCGAAACACCCCGCUUCCUCCCCUGCGUGUCCCUGACCCAUUGGUGUCAGGAAGGAGGGAAGGCUUUGUGUGCAGAGCUGGUGGCUCGAGCGAGUUCCAGGUGGACUGGCUUAGAUCACCUCCCUCCAAGUCCCAGAAGGGCCUCUCUGCUUGGCUCUGGGACUGAGAGCACUGCCAUUUGGGAGGGGACAGAAAUCAACUACUUCAGCUAAAUCCUGGUUUCCAGCCUUUUUUUAUUUUGUAUUGUGGGGGGGCGUUGGAGUUGUUCCCUCCAGAAGCUCACCCUUAUCACCCACCUCUGGUUGAGGAUCCCAAAUUGAGGUGCCUUCCUUGUCGGGGGUGGUUUGUUUCUGUUCCUUAAGUACUGAGCCUCAGCCAGUGGGAGUGCUGGGAGUGGGGAGACUGAUCAUUCCAGAGGAAGACACCUCUCCAGUAGGAUUUAUUUAUCACACACACACACUCUCUCUUUCUCCCUCCUCUCUCCCCUUCCCCCUUCUCUUAUCCCCUCUCCCUCCCCCUCCCUUUCCUCCCCUCUGCCUCCUUCCUAGCUGUGAUGGGCAAGACAGAGGGGUGACUGUUGGGUGUUUCCAACCACAUACCCCAGUCCCAGAGCAGGGAAGGGGAGCCUCCAAUCUGCUUGCCAGGAGGGCUGUGGAGGAAGUGACCAGAGUUGGGUACAGCAGGGCCUGGCAAGGACCCUGUCCAUAGUUCCCUGGCCCAACCUGGCCCCUAAGCACUCCUCCACUACUCUACCGGGUUUGGAGGCUUAACCUGAUUCCUGUCAGUUGGAAUAGGCUUCAAGUACUGGAGAUGGAAUAAAGGCAGACUUGAAAAACAUUAA